GAGGAUGGUAUAAAGCCCAUCCAUUAUUCCCACCUCUCGAGCCGCGGCUGGUAAGAGGAUCACCUUUAGCAGUAGGAGGAGCAGCAGCAGCAGCCAUGGGUAUCGAUUUAGUCGCCGGCGGCAAAAGCAAAAAGACGAAGCGCACCGCUCCCAAAUCUGAUGAUAUCUACCUCAAGCUCCUAGUCAAGCUGUAUCGUUUUCUGGUACGGAGAACCGGAAGCAAGUUCAAUGCCGUGAUACUGAAGCGUCUGUUCAUGAGCAAGAUCAACAAACCUCCGAUGUCUCUCUCCAGGUUGAUUCGUUAUAUGCAAGGAAAGGAGGACAAGAUUGCAGUGCUCGUGGGAACGGUAACGGAUGAUCUUCGAGUCUAUGAGGUGCCGGCAUUGAAGGUAACUGCUCUGAGGUUCACGGAGAGGGCGAGAGCAAGGAUCGAGAAGGCCGGUGGAGAGUGCUUGACGUUCGACCAGCUGGCUCUCAGGGCUCCUCUCGGUCAGAACACGGUUCUGCUGAGAGGUCCAAAGAAUGCUCGUGAAGCAGUAAAACAUUUUGGUAAAGCUCCUGGUGUGCCACACAGCCACACUAAACCAUAUGUUCGAUCAAAGGGAAGGAAGUUUGAGAGAGCCAGAGGAAGAAGAAACAGCAGGGGUUUUAGAGUUUAAGUUGUUUGUUGGUUGUUUUAUCAUUAUAGACAAAAAAUGUUAUGUGACACAUUAUGCAUCCUGUUGCAUUUCAGUUUUUGUUUUGGAUCAAAAGCAUGUUCUCUUUUAUUAUUUCCCUAUGCUUUUUGUGGACUUGUGAGCUUGUUAACAAUGAAAAUCUAGGUUUUUCCGGCUGAAA